GCCCAGGUAAAGGAAGUGGUCCCCCGUGGACAACUAGCCACAAACCGGGACACCGAGCCUGGAUGGCAGCGAGGAUUUCCACGGAGCCAGUUCAAAUGUUUUUAUUUGGGACAAUUAGAAGCAUUUAGCUCCACGGUUAGUGCAGAUCUGCAGGAUUCAGUCUGACUGCUGCCGUAUGACCCGUUCUGACAGGAGAGAAUCAGGAGUUGAACAGAAAUGUUACCAUGAAGCCUAGAUUAGCUGUUCUCUGCUCGUCAAUAAACUCAGCUGUUACCUCGUUCUCCUCUGUCCUGUUAGUGAUCUUCAGUCAAGAGGGGAAGAUGAAAUGAGAUAAGUGGACGUCUGGAGGAGCGCAGCCCCUUCACCUCCACCUCCAGCUCAGCUCAGUGAAGCAUGGCAGGCCUGCAGCUCGUCACCCCUGCUACUUCACCCAUGGGGCCCUUCUUUGGUCUGCCGUGGCAGCAGGAGGCCAUCCAUGACAACAUUUACACGCCCAGGAAAUAUCAGGUCGAACUUCUCGAAGCAGCUCUUGAACGCAACACUAUCGUCUGCUUGAACACGGACUCAGGGAAGACCUUUAUUGCAGUACUCCUAACUAAAGAGCUCUCCCACCAAAUCCGAGGGAGCUACCAGGAAAAUGCCAAAAGGACAGUUUUCCUGGUGAAUUCAGUGUCGUCUGUAAUUCAGCAAGCGGCUGCAGUCAGAACUCACUCGGACCUCCAGGUGGGGGAAUACUCAGACUGGAAGGAGGCGUCAGCUUGGUCGGAUCAAAGAUGGAGUCAGGAGAUAUCCACAAAUCAGGUCCUGGUGAUGACAUGCCACAUCUUCCUUCAUGCUCUGAGGAGUCAGAUCUUACCUCUGUCUAAAAUCAACCUGGUGGUGUUCGAUGAUUGUCACCUGGCGAUCACAGAGCACCCUUACUGUGACAUCAUGAAGCUGUUUGAGGAAUGCACUUGUGGACCACGAAUACUGGGCCUCACUGCUUCCAUCCUCAAUGGGAAGUGUGACCCAUCUGAACUGGAGCAGAAGAUCCAGAAUCUAGAGAGAAUCCUGAAAAGCAAUGCUGAAACAGCGACUGACCUGGUGGUCCUCGACAGGUACACGUCUCAGCCGAGGGAAGUGGUGCUGGACUGCGGUCCCUACGUGGACAGGAGCGGCCUUUCAUCCCGUUUGCAGGCGGAGCUGGAUGAAGCUCUCCUCUUCCUCAACGACUGCAACAUCCCGUUUUCCAGAGAGGACAGAGAUCCCACAUUCAUCUCCAAACAGAUCCUGAGCGACUGCCGGGCCGUGUUGCUGGUUCUGGGUCCUUGGUGUGCAGACAAGGCUGCAGGUAUUAUGGUGCGAGAGCUGCAGAAGUACAUCAAACACGAACAGGAGGAGCUCAACAGAAAGUUCCUGCUCUUUACCGACACCACCCUGAGGAAGGUGCAUGCUCUGUGCGAGGAGCACUUCUCCCCCGCCUCCCUGGACCUCAAGUUCGUCACGCCGAAGGUGCUGCGCUUGCUUGAGAUCCUGCACGAGUACAAGCCGCUGGAGCGCCAGCAGUUUGAGAGUGUGGAGUGGUACAACAACCGCAACCAGGACAAUUACGUGUCGUGGAGCGACUCAGAGGAUGAGGACGAGGACGAGGAGGUGGAGGCCAAAGAGAGGCCAGAGACCAACUUUCCCUCCCCGUUCACAAACAUCCUUUGUGGGAUCAUCUUCGUGGAGCGGCGCUACACAGCUGUGGUUCUGAACCGUCUAAUCAAAGAGGCAGGGAAGCAGGACCCGGAGCUGGCUUACAUCAGCAGCAACUUCAUCACCGGCCACAGCAUCGGGAAGAACCAGCCGAGGAACAAGCAGAUGGAGGUGGAGUUCAGGAAGCAGGAGGAGGUUCUCAGAAAGUUCAGAGCUCACGAAACCAACCUGCUGAUCGCCACCAGCAUCGUAGAGGAAGGCGUGGAUAUUCCAAAGUGCAACCUUGUGGUCCGCUUCGACCUGCCUACAGAGUACAGGUCCUACGUCCAGUCCAAGGGCCGAGCCCGGGCCCCCGUCUCCAAUUACAUCAUGCUGGCCGAUUCUGAGAGGACAAACAGCUUCGAAGAGGAUCUAACCACCUACAAGGCCAUCGAGAAGAUUCUGAGGAAUAAAUGCUCCAAGUCGGUGGAGGCGGGGGAGUUUGAGGCAGACCAGAGUCUGGACGAUGAUAACCUCCUCCCUCCAUAUGUCCUGCGGUCUGAAGACGGAGGCCCACGGGUCACCAUCAACACGGCCAUCGGACACAUCAACAGGUAUUGCGCUCGGCUGCCCAGUGACCCAUUCACACACCUCGCUCCCAAAUGUAAAACUGUGGAGACGGGCGAUGGACGCUUCCAGUCCACCCUCUUCUUACCCAUAAACUCUCCUCUGAGAGUCCCCAUCAAGGGUCCCAUCAUGAACUGCGCCCGGCUGGCUGAGAAAGCUGUUGCACUGCUCUGCUGUGAAAAACUCCAUAAAAUAGGUGAGCUGGACGACCACCUGAUGCCUGUUGGGAAAGAGACGGUGAAGUACGAGGAGGAGCUGGACCUUCAUGAUGAGGAGGAGACCAACGUCCCGGGUCGACCUGGCUCCACCAAGAGGAGGCAGUGCUACCCUAAAGCCAUACCCGAGUGUCUGCAGGACAGCUAUGCCCUGCCGGAGCAGACCUACUUCCUAUAUGUGAUUGGGAUGGUCCUCACCACGCCGCUCCCCGAUGAGCUGAACUUCCGCAGGAGAAAGCUGUACCCCCCUGAGGACACGACUCGGUGCUUCGGCAUCCUGACUGCCAAACCCAUACCUCGAAUUCCUCAUUUCCCGGUGUACACCCGCUCUGGUGAGGUGACCAUCUCCAUCGAGCUGCAGAAGUCGGGCUUCACGCUCAGCUCAGCCCAGCUGGACCUCAUCACCCGCAUGCAUCAGUACAUCUUCUCCCACAUCCUCCGCCUGGAGAAACCUGCACUGGAGUUCAAACCCACGCUGGCUGACUCAGCUUAUUGCGUUCUACCUCUGAAUGUUGUUGGAGACUCUGACACUCUGGAUAUGGACUUUAUGUUCAUGGAGGACAUUGAGAAGUCUGAGGCCCGAACAGGCAUUCCUACCACUAAGUACACCAAGCAGAACCCCUUCACCUUCAAGCUGGAGGACUACCAGGAUGCUGUGAUCAUUCCAAGGUAUCGUAACUUCGACCAGCCACAUCGUUUCUACGUCGCUGACGUCUACACCGACCUGACGCCGCUCAGCAAGUUCCCAUCGCCGGAGUACGAGACCUUCGCUGAGUAUUACAAAACAAAAUACAACCUGGACCUGUCCAACCUGAACCAGCCGCUGCUGGAUGUCGACCACACCUCGUCCAGACUCAACCUGUUGACUCCCCGACACCUGAACCAGAAAGGGAAGGCUUUGCCACUAAGCAGCGCAGAGAAGAGGAAGGCCAAGUGGGAGAGCCUGCAGAACAAACAGAUUCUGGUUCCGGAGCUGUGUGCCAUCCAUCCCAUUCCCGCCUCCCUGUGGAGGAAAGCCGUGUGUCUGCCCAGCAUCCUGUACCGCCUCCACUGCCUGCUGACGGCCGAGGAGCUGCGAGCCCAGACUGCCACCAAAGCUGGAGUUGGGGUGCAGAUCCUCCCCCCGGACUUCAGGUAUCCAAACCUGGACUUUGGCUGGAAGAGAUCCAUUGACAUAAAAACAUUCUGCCCUUGUCCCGAAUCCUGCAGUGAAGAAGAUGAUUGUAAGCACCAAAAUCUCACCUUCUUAGCACUUCCCAGCAGUCACCAGGGGCCCCUCCCGGCCCCUGCAGAGGGGCCCUGCACAGGGAACCUAACAAACGGCACUACCGUGACGGACGACGGCCACAGAGACGAGCACCUUCACCAACAUGACAGUUGCCAAGGCUGCCGCAGCAGCUCUGAAUGGAAACACGACGCUACCUCAGUUCCUGCGCAGACGCCCCUCAGCUCCAGUCCUCCUCAGCCCAGCCAUGAAUGUACCUCAGGGAGGACCUCACACCACAGUAAUGAAGCUACCUCAGACUGCACUCGUACAGCACCUUCCCCUGACCUCACAGCCGGGCCCCGGGCUGCGGACUCGCCCAGGAACCUGGGCCCCAACCCCGGCCUCAUCCUUCAGGCCUUGACUCUGUCCAACGCCAGCGACGGCUUCAACCUGGAGCGGCUUGAGAUGCUCGGCGACUCCUUUCUGAAGCACGCCAUCACCACCUAUCUGUUCUGCACCUACCCUGACGCACACGAAGGGAGGCUCAGCUACAUGCGCAGCAAGAAGGUGAGCAACUGUAACCUGUACCGUCUGGGGAAGAAGAAAGGGCUUCCCAGCCGGAUGGUGGUGUCCAUCUUUGACCCUCCGGUCAACUGGUUGCCGCCUGGAUACGUGGUGAACCAGGACAAGAGCAGCUCGGACAGAGUGGACUCUGAGGAGGCAAGAGAGGAGCUGGUGUCCAACGGGCGAUCUGGGAACGACUUUGAUGACGAGGACAGGGACGACGAGGGUGAAGACGUGGACGAAGACGAGCUGAUGCUGAAGGACGAACCGAAGGAUGACGUCAACAUGGAGGACGACUUGGAAUACUACAAGGAGCACAUCCGUUUCAUCGACAACAUGCUGCUGGGGUCCGGUGCGUUUGGGAAGAAGAUCUCCAUCAGCGGCUUCGGCCCGCCGCUCAGCCCGGCUCCAGGCUCCUCUCCCUCCAUGGACUCCUCCUAUGAUUGGAAGGCCCCCAAGAAGCCCGCCCAGCACUCUGAACAGGCGCACUGCGGCUCGGCGGCCGAGGAGUUCGACUACAGCUCGUGGGACGCCAUGUGCUACCUGGACCCCAGCAAGGCGGGCGAGGAGGACGACUUUGUGGUGGGAUUCUGGAACCCGUCGGAGGAGAACUGCGGCACCGAGCUCGGGAAGCAGUCCAUCUCCUACGACCUGCACACGGAGCAGUGCAUCGCAGACAAGAGCAUCGCCGACUGUGUGGAGGCUCUGCUGGGCUGCUACCUGACCAGCUGUGGGGAGCGGGCCGCCCAGAUGUUCCUCUGCUCGCUGGGUCUCAAGGUGCUGCCGGUGCAGAGGGGGUCUCACACGGCGCUGCUGGUACCGGCCGUUCUGACUCCAGCCGUGGAGCUGAUGUAUGGCUGGCUGAAGAUCCCGCCCCGCUGCAUGCUGGACCAUCCUGACGCAGAGCGCACGCUGCAGCACCUCAUCUCGGGGUUCGAGAACUUUGAGAGGAAAAUCAACUACACAUUUCAGAACAAGGCUUACCUGCUGCAGGCCUUCACCCACGCCUCCUACCAUUACAACACCAUCACAGAUUGCUACCAGCGGCUGGAGUUUCUUGGCGACGCGAUCUUAGACUACCUCAUAACGAAGCACCUUUACGAAGACCCUCGGCAGCAUUCGCCCGGCGUGCUGACGGACCUGCGCUCGGCGCUAGUCAACAACACCAUCUUCGCCUCGCUCGCUGUUAAAUACGACUACCACAAGUUCUUCAAGGCCAUCUCUCCAGAGCUGUUCCACGUCAUCGACGACUUUGUGCAGUUUCAGCUGGAGAAGGACGAGAUGCAGGGCAUGGACUCUGAGCUGCGACGCUCCGAAGAAGACGAAGAGAAGGAAGAGGACAUCGAGGUGCCCAAGGCCAUGGGGGACAUCUUUGAGUCCCUGGCUGGAGCCAUCUACAUGGACAGCAGGAUGUCCCUGGAGACGGUGUGGCAGGUCUACUAUCCAAUGAUGAGGCCUCUCAUCGAGAAAUUCUCCGCCAACGUUCCUCGCUCUCCAGUCCGGGAACUCUUGGAGAUGGAACCAGAAACUGCCAAGUUUAGCCCAGCGGAGCGUACCUACGACGGGAAGGUGCGUGUGACGGUGGAAGUUGUCGGGAAGGGGAAGUUCAAAGGAGUCGGCCGCAGCUACCGGAUCGCCAAGUCGGCGGCAGCCCGCCGAGCUCUGCGCAGCCUCAAAGCCAAUCAACCUCAGGUCCAGACCAACUGAGCUGCCAGCUUGCAGCAUUAGCACCUAGCGGAGAGAAUGGCGCGGUGUUCCCGUGGAGACGCCACAGCAGAGCACUCUGAGCUCACAUCCCGUUUGUUUUUUUCCCUUUUUUUUCUUCUUUUCUUUUGUUUGUUUGCGCAGACACAAUCUUUCUUUGUGCUUCGUGUGAUCACGAGUGCUUUAUCGUCCCAGCCGAAGAGGUCAGGUGUGCUGCUGUGUCCGUGAGACGAGCCUCACGCUUCGACCCCGGAACGGACGAAGCUCGGUUGGAGCGAAACGCGGCUCUCCGUCUCCUCAUCGGUUUGCACUUAUUCCACCAGUUUUCUGAAUAGUCACUCUGACACCAAAAUCCCCUUUGUAGCAAAGCAAGAGAAUAUAUCUGUAAACGAGAACUCCAUGAUGAUGAUGAUGAUGAUGAUGCGGCCUCGGACGCUAAGGCUUGCCCUCAUAUCCUGAAAUAGGAAUCCCAACAUUCCCAGUUACUGUAGUUGGUCCCAUGUUGCUGUGGCUUUUGUGGAAACGCGCGGUCGUCUUGGCAACGGAUCUACCAAAGCUGAACCAACAUGCGAUGACGCUCUGAGGCCGAAUGAUUCCUGCGGAGUUUAGGAUUUUAUUCCCUCUGAUUAAUGUUGCUUCCUGCUAAAUGUGGUCGAUAAGCCCUGUUUGUUGUUUUUUUUUGUUCUGUUUUAUUUUAUUUUUUUUCAUGAAUACCUCAGUUAACUGCAUGCAUCUCUCGUCUCCUUUCUGUUUGUUUGGUGCUAUGUUUUUGUAUUAAGCUUGAACUUCUCAUCUUUUUUGCACUGUAACUACAAUACCUCCUUAUUUGACCUUUUGUUGACCUGUCGCCAUGAAGCCUCGCCACCUUACGCUCGUCGGAAGAGGGGGCGGGGCCAAGUUAGCUGUUAGUGAUUGGCUCCGUGCAGACGCAUCAUCAGUGUUGCUGCAGAGGGGUUGGGGGUCAUCAGGCUGCACUCUGGGGUCCGUGUGGUUUCUACCUCAGCUCCGUGACGCCGACGCCCGCUGCAGCCGUGUUCCUCAGUGCCUUCCCGCGGGAAUCCUCCACUCAUCGACAUUUGAGAUGGACACGUUUAUGAACUAUACAGUGUACCAGCAUUCAACCCACUGAAGGGUAGGGCUGCAUAGUUGGAAAUGAUCAGCAGCUGGAAAUCAACGUUAAAGUUUCCACUUUCUGUAUAUUUAAAAGCAGAUAUUUUUCCCAAUAUAUUUCAAUGUUUAAAAGGUUGAAGAAGUGAUGGAGCGAACGCCUCUGAAUCAGGCGGCAGACGGUUAGAAAUCUGGACGGAUCCGUCCGUUUCAGUGUGUUGAUCUGCUCGGUUUUCAAGCCGCUCGUGUCGUCGUGGUAACCUCGCUCUGUCUCUGCAGCUCCUGCCCGCUCGUCGGCUCGGCCCGGUCCGGCGGAGUGCAGCCUGCGGUCGCCUCGGAUCCGCUGUGAACUCAGACUGUAGAGAGUGAAAUGUCUCGGUCAGACUCUGCAUUCUCCUCCUCCUCCUGGCUCUCAUCGUUUCCUUUUUCGUUGUUAAACAUGUAGCACAAAGAGCAUUGCACUUGCCGCCAUAUUUUACCUCAUGUCAGAGCGGAAGGGAGCAGGCGAAGGAGAAGAGGGAACCGCCGGUGUUAAACAGAACGUUCCUGCAGGUCGCCACCUGACCCCGCACUGGAACAAGCUGAUCCGCUGCCCUCCCAUCAGCCCAACCACAGAGAACUGCUGAGAGCUCAUGUCAGAACCCGGUUCAGUUUGGAUCAGGUCUCCACCCAGCUCAUGCUUUCCUGUUAGAUCUGAGUUAAUAAAGUUGCUCAGUUUUAUAUGAGAGAAACUUUCAGCUGUUUUUUACACAAAUCGAUGAUCAAGUUUGACUGAGAGUCAGAACCACAUUCGUCUUUCACUCUUUUUGAACUUCUGCGAUGAUUGAUGUUUGUGAGAAUCUACAGUUGUCAGUUUUGCUUUAGAUGACUUGAACUUUUUCCAGUGUAUUUCAGGAAGGCUGAUUCUUCCUCCUCCUGCGUUUUCCUGUGAAUUAUUGAUCCGGUUGUUGCUGGGUUGUUGUUUCUCUGAAGUUUUUUUAAGUUGCCAUCUGUUUGGGCGGUUAGGUGCCUCGGUUAACUCCAGUUUCUUCCUGAUCUGAAGAGGUCUGAUGGUGGUUGUUGGUGUUUCAGCUUCAGCAGAACGUGAAUAUUUUUAUCAGUCCAGCACAACGCUGGGCUGCGUUCCUGGACCUCAGUCACUGAGCAAACUCACAUCACACUGCAGAAACAAAAU